GACAGAACACCUAACCUGUCUGGUUUAUUGCGCAAUAAAUGCUUCCUGUGUAACUGUGUGUGUGGGUUAUUGAGUACUGCUCACCCCCGUCAAAAAACAACUUAAAUAGCAGAAUUUGGUUUGUGAUCGGCACGUGCAAACUGCAGACAAAAGAGAAAACAACCACCGACUCCUCGCCCCCUUUUACACACGCGUUUGCACACGGUGCGACCGGCGGCAGUCAUAAGGCUGCGUCAGAUUCGGCAAAUCGACCGGAUUCAGACUGAGCGGCUGUUGAACACUCACAGGACGCACCGGAGGCGUGAGGAAGAUCACUGCAAGAACCAGAACUCGAUAGACCAACCCAUAGCCGUCUUAGCAUUUCAGUUCACUGAGCUUGAGUCUGGGCGUUGUUUUUCACUUUGGAUAAUUUCUGUAUAUUUUGGUGCCCCCCCUCCUUACUUGAGUCAUGUUUAAGAAGGAUCCCGAGAGGCUUUCCCUGCUGUCAGAAGAGAGGAACUCUUACACCACCGGGGGAAGCCUGCCAAACCAGGAGAUAUCACAGAUAAACAUCAAGCAUUGCCACGACAACAGCCAUGCACAGGAGGACCGCGAACAAGAGAAGAAAGUUGCCAGGAAGCGGUUGUACGUGGCCUCUGUCAUCUGCCUGAUUUUCAUGAUCGGCGAAGUCCUCGGAGGGUAUUUUGCAGGUAGUCUCGCGGUGAUGACAGAUGCUGCUCACCUGCUGGUUGACUUCCUCAGCUUCCUCAUCAGCCUGUUAUCCCUCUGGCUCUCCUCCAGACCUGCCACACAUAAGCUCAAUUAUGGCUGGCAUCGUGCAGAGAUCCUGGGUGCUCUGCUGUCGGUUUUAACCAUCUGGCUGGUAACCGGAGUAUUGGUUUAUCUGGCUGUGGAGCGCCUCAUCAGCAAUGACUACACCAUCGAGGGCACUGUAAUGCUCAUCACCUCUGGUUGUGCUGUGUUGGCUAAUAUUGUCAUGGCCCUCACUCUUCACCAGUCCGGUCACGGCCACAGUCACGGCGGUGUCAGCUCGCAUGGACAUGGCCACAGUCACAAGAAAGGAAAAAGGCACCAUGAAGUCUCAAACCACGCCCCCUCCUAUGAUAACCAAGUAGACCUGGAGCAUAAUGGAGUCUAUCAAGGACAGAGAGCUCAGCAAGCCAAUGCCAGCGUACGAGCGGCCUUUGUCCACGUGGUGGGAGAUCUUCUCCAGAGCAUCAGUGUGCUCGUCAGUGCCAUCAUUAUCUUCUUCAAGCCAGAAUACAAGAUGGCCGACCCCAUCUGCACCUUCCUUUUCUCCAUAUUUGUCUUGUGCACCACCAUCACCAUCAUGAGAGAUAUUCUUGUUGUUCUGAUGGAAGGUACUCCAGCGGGGGUAAAAUACAGCGAGGUGCGGGACGGUCUGCUGGCAGUGAAGGGGGUGACAGCAGUCCAUAACCUUCACAUCUGGGCCCUCACCAUGAACCAGGCUGUACUGUCUGCACACGUAGCUAUAGAUGAGUCAGUAGACGCUCAGUCAGUCCUAAGAGAAAUGACACAGGCUUGUUUCUCCUCCCACAACUUCCACUCUGUCACUAUUCAAAUGGAGAAACAGGCCGACCUGAAGCCUGGAUGUACCUUGUGUGAGGACCCCCAGAUGUAGGAACCGUCCUUCCUUCCCAGUAGGAUAAUCCUAAAAUACAUUGUUAUCUCUUGGUGAUAAGAAUAUUUUGUGGUUCUGUACUGCUCGCUGGACCCUGGGAAUUUUACUGUGACAUUGAUGGCCAGGUCCCAUUACUGUGCCUUGAGUGUCCUUGUGCUGUCAUUUUCCAAGAAAUGUCAAUGUUGAAAACUAAAAGCACGUCUUCCUUGAGAUUUUAUAAGAAGCUCCCUUUACUCGUCCUGUGUAAAGCUUUAAUAUUUGUUGUUUACGCUUUUAAUUUUGUUCAUGUUGAAACAGAAAUCACAUUGCACUAUAUAAAGUUUCUGAAUCUGUACGUUAUAUUAUCGAGUGUGUUGAGUAACUGCUAAUUUAUUCAAUAUCCUAAACACACAGUGCGACCUUAUGUGCUGCAAAUAGGCCAAUGCCAAAGUACUGUUUGUUUGAGCAUUAAACUGCUGUAUCAAGGUAACACAUUGAACACAGCAAAUAUUUUUAUGCAUGAUCUCUUAAAAAAGUAACCUCAGUCAGAUGUACUGUAUGUGGAGAGAAUGAAGUGUAUUUUAAUACAUGAUCAAAAUGUCUUUGUGCUGCCUUUGUACAGUUGUAAGGUAAAAGCUGAAAUCAAACGAUUCAAUAAAAUUUUCAUUUUUCAAAUGUUA